UAGUUCAACUAAUCCAGUGAUCGUAAGUGAUUAUCCCCCCCCUUUCUGGAUACCACGAUGAAACAAAUCUACUGACUUUGUCAAUGAGAAAAGAUCAAUCAUCUUACCCUUUAUUCAGCUAACAUUUUGUAACCACUUUGAUUGUGUAACAGAAACACAGUCAACCUUUGGUUAUUUUUUUCUCUCUCUCAUUUUACUUUCUCUCUCACCUUUGUUUUUUCUUCAACCACCUCCAUCAUCUUUGCCAUCAUUUGCUCGUCAUCUCACCAUCAAUACUUAAGAGAAAAAUUGUUACCAAAUUAGUGAACAAUUAAUCCAAUGUGUGUGUUGUCUUUUCUAUUGUGAUAAUAAAACCUGGUCAUCACCUCAACACACGGUUUUAUCUGAUCAUCUGAAUUCAUCACUGGACUAAUUGUGUUUACAAUUUACUAGUUUCAUCAUUGUCAUUGAUAAUUUUCGCAUCUUUGUUCACCCUCACCAUGUUUUCUUCAUCAGAAAUUGAGGAGCAGCCACAUUCACCUUCAUCAAUCUCCCAACAUGAUUCUCCUAAGAAUGAUGAUGAAGAUGAGGUUGACCCUCAAGUUGAAUUUUGUGCAUUAAGCAGUCGAUCCCUUCAACGCCCAAGUGACCAUUAUAUUCCACCUCCAAGACGUUCUCACAUCGCCAGUAGGCUUCUUCGCGAUCCUUGGACAACCGCUCUAACCCAAUUCUCUAAAGUUACCAAUUAUGUUCUCAGUCCAUACGAAGAUGGUGAAGGAAUUAUUCGUAAUACUUUGCGAGAUCCUUUAGGCUAUGCAAGGCAUCGAGAAGAAAACGCUCAUUACGGAAAUCGACAAGAAUAUAAUCAGGAGCCCAUUUCACAUCCUCCACCGGCUCUUCCACAAAUUGAUUGUUCGAUCCCACAACAACGAUUACCACCAUUGACAGAAGAUGAAUACCAAGAGAAGUACAUACAUUCAUCACGACGACAUCUUCUUGACCGCAUUUGUAAAGGGGGCAUUGCAAGUCACUCAUUACGGCGUAAACUAUGGCCAAUUGUUUUGGGAAUUACUGAAAAAAAUGAUAAUCUUGAUUGGUCACAAUUAAAAUCACUUUACAAUUACUAUUCUAACCAAUGGAAAACAAUUUUACCAGAUCAAGAAUCAAGAUUUACUGCCUACCGAGAGCGUAAAUCAUUAAUUGACAGAGAUGUUGUUCGUUGUGAUCGAACUCAUUUUUUCUAUGCCGAUUCAACUGGUAACCUCGAGAGACUCCGACAUCUCUUGAUGACUUAUAUUAUGUACGAUUUUGAUACUGGUUAUGUUCAAGGUAUGACUGAUUUAGCAGCUCCUUUACUUUAUGUCUGGGACGGUGAUAUACCCAAAGCCUUUUGGUGUUUCGUUCAAAUGAUGAAUCUUUUUAAACGUAACUUUGAAUUGUCACAAAAAACAAUGAGCAAUCAACUGAAAGCACUGCUCAAAUUAAUUCGGAUAACUGAUCCAGUUUUUGCACAAUAUCUACGUACCAAUGAUUCUGAAAAUUGUUACUUUGCCUUUCGUUGGAUAAUUUGUCUUUUCAAACGAGAGUUCAUGAAACGUAAAACCGAUGAUUAUGACGAUGUUUUAAUUGUUUGGGAAACAAUUUGGUCAGUCCAUUCGUUAGCUUGUUACGAGGAGUCAAAAGAGGAACCAUUUGUUGACCAGUGUCUUUCACCAAUUUUAGCCCAAAUCCAAAAGUCUCAGAAAUGGAUUUCAGCUUGGGAUGAUUCUGAUUAUCUUUUCAAAACCUCAUCAACUGAAUCAUCAACAACAUCAUUAACUGCCGACGGUGUUACAACUGUACCAUUCCCGAUGAAAGGUUCAACUGAUUCAGCCAAUGGCGAGGUUGGUGGUACAACGACAGUUAAAAAUAACUCGGAACCAUUUGAUUUAUAUUUAAACCGAUCCAAGGAAGCAUCUAUUACAAUUAAAUCACCUGAUAAAAGUGGUGACACUGAUGGUGAUGCUGAUGAAGUGGAUCGACCAGGGCAAUGGCGACAAUUAAAAUCACCACCACCCUCAGCACAAGAACCUCCAAUAGGAGAUUUGAUAACAACCGCUACAUCAACUAUACCAACAACAACAGCAACAAUAACGACAACCAUGUUGACCUCACCAACACCAAUCAAUAAAACCAAAUCAAUAUUGAUUCAUCCUCCUCCCAAACCAAGGCCAGUCCUGUCCAGUUCACCUCGACCACCGGGUGCAAAUAUUUACUCCUAUGCUCUCUCACCACCAGUUCGAGAAAUGUAUUUACAUUCAACGGGCAACGAUAAUUCAGAGUUUCUACUUUGCUCACCGAGUUCAGCGGGUUCGAAAGGUUCAAAAGGUUCAUCUAUUGAGGAAAUCAAGAGACUCACCCCGGUGGGUAACCAUCCGGGUGGAGCUGUUCCUGUAGCCUCGACCAAUCAGCAGGGUAAAUCAGAAGUGCAUGAGACAAUCAGUAAACAAUCAGAUACAUCAGAUGAUCUCAAAUUAUAUGAAUUUGACCAAUUAGCUGUUGAAAGUGCCAAUAACAGUAAUCGAACUGCGAAACUUGAAAAUUUUGAACUUUUCUGUCUCUGUAUUUCAUUGGCAAUCAUAAGGCGAGAACGAGAUAUUAUCCUGAUAAAAAAAUACGAAGCAUCAGAAAUUCUUAAGCACUUCAAUACACUCACACUAAAUGAAUACCUUGACAGCAUUUUACUUCAUUCGAUGACAAUUUGGCAUUGGUUGAAACACGACGGAGGUGAAAAGUCACUUUACUCUGAUGAUGAAAAACCAGGUAACACAAGUAACGAUGAUUUUGAUUUACUCAAUGAUGCUGAUGAAGUUGAUUGUCAUUUCGCUGCAUUAUCUGUAUAAUCAUCAUCAUCAUCAUCAUGCUCAUGAUUAUCACCUACAACUGGUUCACCAAUUUGGUUUAUUGGAAUCAAUCAAAAAGAUAUCAAAUCAUCAUUAACAUCUUAAUAAUUUGACAACAAAUAAAUUUUAUGCUCUCACCAAUCAUCAUCAACAUUAUGAUCAUGAUAAUUAUUGAAAAAAAAACUAUAACAAUUAACUCUUCAUUCAUUAAUCUACAUAUUGUUUUCCUUUUUUGCAAUUCAUUUGCUUCAAAUCAAUAACAAUUUGAUUCAUCAACAAUUAAGAUCUAAAAUUAUAAUCAGACUUUUGUAUUUAUCUAAACAAUUAGUAAAUCAUGAUUGAUAAUAAUGAUUAUCUUAUUACAAUAAAAUGAAUUAAAUAUUUUUCUUCAA